AUGUCCGACAGUCAUGGAUACACAUGGCGCGACCAUACGCGCUUGUUCAUCGCCUGUGGCGUUGUUAUCUUGAGCCCGUUUCAGUACGGAUUCGACUUUGGCAUGAUUGGAGGGUUGCAAGCAAUGGUUGGAUUCUUAGAGGUUUUUGGUUACCGUACAAACAAGACGCCUACAGGAUGGAAUAUCAAGACAGAGAGACAACAGCUCAUCUCCUCACUCAUGACGCUCGGGGCUUUUAUCAGCUCCGCUACUGCUGGCGUCCCUUCUACUCGCUUCGGUCGCCGUAUGUGCCUCGCUCUAGCAUGCGUCAUUUGUUGCAUCGCCAAUGUCUUGAUGAUGGCCACUGAAAACAUUGGGGCGCUCUAUACCGGACGUCUGAUCAUUGGUUUGGCGAAUGGCUACUUUAUGACUUUCUCGCAACUAUACCUGCAGGAGAGUAGCACAGCUGAACUGCGCGGCGUGUUUCUCACUGGCUUCAACUUCUUUGUUUCAUUCGGAACACUGAUUGGAACCAUUGUCGACUGGGGGACGGCAAAACGCCCAGACAAGUCCGCCUACCUCAUUCCCCUUGGACUCAUAUACAUCUUUCCGCUUAUCAUCCUCUGUACCGUAUGGUUCAUCCCAGAGAGUCCCAGAUGGCUCAUCCUGCAGGGACGCUUUGAAGAAGGCGUCAAGGCACUCGAGUGGCUCCGUCCAAAGCGCCAUGAUUCCCGCGCAGAGGCCUCCGCAAUUCUUGCAGCAAUCGAAAAGGAAAAAGAGACAAGCUCUGGCAUAGGAUGGGUCGACAUGUUCAGCAACCCCGUCGACCGGCGCCGUACCUUUCUCGCAGUCUUUGCCGUCCUCCUUCAAGCAGCCUCAGGUUCCAUGUUCAUCAUCGCAUACAAAGCAUACUUCCUCCAAAUGGCCAAAGUCACUGAUCCCUUCGCAAUGUCCAACGUCCUCUCCGCCAUCAGCAUAAUCGCCUUCAUCGCAAACUCGCUCAUCGUCGUACGCUACGGAAACCGCAGAGUCCUUCUCAUGACAGGCCUCCUCAUCUGUGGCAUGCUGCAACUCAUCAUCGCAGUCGUAUACCACAAGGCACCUAACGCAAAGGCCACAGGCAAAGUCACCGUCGGGCUAACCGCUAUAUACAUGUUCAGCUACAACGGCAUGAUAUCAACAUACGCAUGGUUAUCCGGUGGUGAACUGCCCACCCAACGCCUCCGGUCGCACACCUUCGGUCUAGCUGCCAGUGCCGGGUUCGUCGGUGCAUGGCUCACUACGUUCACAGCCCCGUACUUUAUCAAUCCCGCCGCCAUGAAUUGGGGACCCAGGUACGGAUUCAUCUGGGCACCUUCAUGCGCGAUUGCGGCAACGUGGGUGUUUUUCUUCCUGCCCGAAGUUAAGAAUCGCACGCUGGAGGAGAUUGACGAGAUGUUCGAGACUAGGCUGAGCGCAAGGCAGUUUGCAAAGUAUAGGUGUGUGGGGAUUGCGAGGGAGGAGGAGGAUGGGAAGACGAGGAGUAGUGAAGAGGUGGAGAAAGAGAUUAAUGUUUUGCAGAGUGAGAAGGUUGCUGUUGAGACUGCUGUGUCGAGGGAUUAG